UACUAACCACCCCAAUCACGUGCACACGUAAUCAAAGAACCAAGUGGUAUUUCACAGCGGUAAUCUCACCGGCGUGUGAUUCAACUCAACCUCGUCGUCCCUCCCAAACUCCAUUGAUGCACCGCCAUGCUCGUCGCCCUCCCAUCUCCUCCUCCUCCUCCUCUUCCUCUUCUCUCCUCUUCAUCCUCUCUCCGAUCACGAUCUUCCUCUCAUCUCCAUGAUCUCAACCUCUUGAUCCGAAACCGCAAAGCCCUAGUUCGCCGCCGGGGUUGCCGUGCUGAGCUUGCUCACGACGCACCAUUCGUCGCCGCGAUCGGGGCUUGUGUUUUGACCUCUCUUGUAUCUCCUAUCCCGUCCCGAAGCUCUGAAGAUCCGGAUGAUGGUGGCGGCGCUAUGGAUGCCACUGAUACGAGGUUUGCUGUUAUGGGUAUCGUUAGCUUCAUCCCUUACUUCAAUUGGCUGGCUUGGGUGUUUGCUUGGCUUGAUAGCGGGAGGCAGAGAUAUCUCAUCUACUCCAUUGUGUACUUGGCUCCCUAUUUGAGGACUAACCUUUCGCUUUCGCCCGAAGAAAGCUGGUUGCCUAUUGCCAGCAUAGUAUUCUGCAUACUUCAUGUUCAGCUGGAAGCAAGCAUUAGAAAUGGAGAUAUCAAGGGAUUCCAAUUUUUUCAUGAAAUUCAAAACCUGCUUUCUCCCAGAUCAAUGAAGAAAGAAAACCUCUUUAAGAGUUCCCAGAAAUUCACAAAGGAAAAAAAAGAGGAAAAGGAAGAGCUACCUUUUGCUGAUGCACCAAGAAAUAAGUUCCAUGAAAGGGGAAGACCUUUCAAUGAUGCUCAACAUAAGGAUGGAGAUCCUAGUGCUGAUGAGGAUAAGAGAUCGGAUUAGACAAGCUUGUUAAGCCUGCGGUAAUUAUCAAGCUAAUCGGUAUUUACUUAUUCACUGGAUAUAGGUAGUUUUCUGGAAUUGGUAAUUACUAUCAGUAAGUAGAGUCUUCUUCUCAACAACUUUCAAUGACAAAGCUGGGAUUGCUUGUCAUUAGUUAUGCACAGAGGUCACAGGUUUAGUUUUAAGUGUUUACAAAGGAGUGCUUUCUUAUAUGAUUAUUAUGAAAAUUUCUGGAUGCCCUAUUUUACUGAAACUUCAAAUGAGAGUUGCUUUUAACCUUGAAGAGGGAAUGAGAUUAGUUUUCAGCAUUAUUUUUUUA